AUGGCUCGAAUGGAGGAGUGUUUGCAGCUCAAGGAGAUGGACUUCAUCGAGCACGGUCAGGACCCCAACUAUCCCGGCCAGGACAUGGCUAUUAUGGUCCUGACGUUCCGGAAGACGAACCAGAUGGAUCCGUUCGAUAGUAAUCGCUACCAGAUGCACGAGCCGAUGGACGAGAACGAGAAGCCAGUUUGGGCCCUCCCCCGACUACUCCGCUGGCGUCAGUUCGUCACCGAGAAGACCCACAUCCCCCACGCAGGCUCGCACAUGCUACUACCCGCCAUCUCGUCGGGAGGGAAGAUAGACCUCGAACAGGCUAUGCCACAGAGGUCCUGGAUGGCUAUCUUCGAUCGACUAUGCCAGGAUUCGGGCCUGAACGACAAACACCCGAACUCUACUGUUAGGCGUCGAGAAGGCUCCAGGGAAGACCGGCUCGAUGUAUACCUGCGAGGACAUAUCCGGGAGUAA